UUAUAUACAUAGUUUGCUAUCUAUAUCACCAACCUAAAUCUAACAGAUCUAUAAAUUCUCUCAAGAUCAACUUAAUUACCUGCAAAUUAUUUAUUUCUGGACUCUUAAUUAACAUCUCCAAAAUAUGCCUCCCACCACUUCUUUUUCCCAGGAGGCAAAAACAACAACAAGAAUGUGUUCAAGGCAACGGCCCUUACAUGCAUGUGGAGUUUCAAUGUUGACAAUUGGUGACAUUGCCAUAGGAAAAACCCAAAAUAUCAAUGGACCAAUAGGUUCAACAUUCAAAAACAUGGCAACUUUGGCCAAAUUUAUCACACCUUUAAUCUAUACAAUUCAAUACCAAUGGCUAACAUUCCUCGCCUUCAUCGACGAUCGCAUCCUAGCCGCCGAAAACAUCACAGAGAAACUGUUUCCUCCUUCAAGCUAUGUGUUUGAUAAGAUCGACGAAAUUGUGUUGAUGAUACUUUCUUUGCCAGAUAAAUUUGAUGGAGUGUUGAACAAGAAUGUACCAGAAAUAAUCCAGAAAGUUCCGUUUUUGGAAUGGAUGCUGAAAGUUGUAACCUCGAAAAUGAAUAGUUUGGUUUCGACAUUGAGACGUGAAAAUUCGAGUGUGGAUGAGAAAACUAUAGAUGUUGAUAUAAGUUUCUGUAAUAAUGAUAGUAGAGAGAUGGAAUCAGGUGCAUCUGAGGAGUACCUUGAGUUUCCAAUGGAUCCAUCAAGUGUGGACAGUUUUCCUCCUAUACCAGAGGCUGAAAAUAAAAGUAAUGUGGCAGUGUCUUGUGCUAACAAUAAGAAAAGUUCAUACAAAGAAGUGUUAUUGGAGAGUAAUGAGAAGAAAAUAGAUAAUGAUGAAUGUGAAGAUGAAGAUGAAGGAAAAGAGAAAAAAAUUGAAGAGUGUGAAAGUGAUGAGAAAAUCCAAGGUGAGAGAAAUGAAAGUGUGAAAUAUGAAUAUGAGUACGAUCCACUUAUGGAUUUGUUUGAGUCUGCAUGGCUAAUGAGUCCUCGGCGUUACGGGAACCAAGCACAAGCACAAAAAGAUUCGUUCAAGUAAAUUAAUAGAGCUCCGUUUAAGAAAAAUAACUUAUAGUUGAUGAUUGAUAACUAUGAAUUAAAAAACAGUUAUUAAAAUCAGAGCUUGUUUAUUGAUAUGAGUUCGAAAAGUUAAAAGUUAAGUCUUACCAUGCAAGAGUGAGUGCCUUUUUUUAAUUGUAUUGCAAUUUGUUUUUUAUUGUUAGAUGGGAAUCUUGAAAGAAACUUGUUCAAUAAGUCCAUUCUUGUUUUAUGGAAAUCAAAUAUCUUUAUGGUUCCCUACAUUUCAAUGAUAUGUAUAUAAGUGUAUAUUUGGAUUGA